AUGGGUGCUGGUGUUUCAAUGACGACCUCGACUCGCAUUCCAGCCAUGAACAACUCUGUUGCUCCCAGCCUCAACAACAAUGGUCACUCUACUGCUGGCUCGUCUCGCUUACCCCUUACUUCCCAUUUUUCACUUUCACAGCUCGAUGAAAGACACGAUAAUCGAGUUACCAAAACGAUGACACGAUCCCGAUCAGACAUUGUUUCUUCACACAACUCUCAUCCAAGGACAUUGAAUCGACUGAACAGUAUUGAGGAUGAACAUGACUUUACUCGAGUUGAUUUAGACGAUGAACCAGUGAGAAAGAUCUCUUCUCGAAAGAGCUCACAAUACACAACCUCUACAAGGAAGCCCUUAAACAACUCCCCUUGUGAAUGGACUUGUUUGCCCUCUUCGAAGUUUCUUUCAGCUGACAGCAUUUCCAACUCUACCUCACUUUCCUUAACAACCUAUGACCAUCAAGAAAAUGAAGAUUCCACAGAGGAUGAAACAAGUUCUGAAGAAGAGUUGGAUUCAUUUUCAUAUAACCCCUCUGCUUCCUUCUCUUCUCUCAAAAAGAUGUUAUCCAAUGAUUUGUAUCAAUCACACACUUCUCGUUUUGCAACACCUGUUAAGUCUUCCAAAGUCAUCAGAUCGAGUCGAGAUGAAUUAUUUCCUCAUGAUCCAUCAUUGUCAUCAACUCCACCAAAAUCACAUCACUUGAACAUUGGAAACAACAAGUAUUGUGGUCAUUUUGGAAAUUGUGAAUAUCGAAUUAUUGUAACACCUCCUCCUUAUAGUCCCUCUUCAAAUGCAUCCAUUUUGAACAUUUCAAGUAAAACCAUUGAGGAAGAAAGAAAAGAGAGACAGAAAAUAAUUCUCGAAAAGCGAAGAAAAUUGUAUUAUAUUCAAAGUUUAAGAAAUAUUUCAGCCAUGUUUUCACCAUUGAAAGAAUGA